AGAAAAAAGCGAAAAUCUCAAGAAGGAAGGUUUACUACAUGUCGGCGGUAGAAGGUUGCCAACGGUAGAAGGUUAGACGGAUGCAAUGUAAAGUAUUCAGCCAUUUUGCUACCAUCACUCGAGGCAUACUGUUCGCACUGACAGAUCUAAUAUAAGUACACAGUCAAUCAGUCGCACAUAGGCCGGAUCCGGGGUUAGUCGAUACCAGUUUCGACAAGACGCGUCUUUCUUUGAAAUUUUAAUCACGCAUUUUUAAUUAUAACCGGUUUAAGUUUUUUUUUUGUUAUUUGUUUAAUUUGCGCUACUGACGGAUUGCCCGAAUGUUUGGCCAGGUGUACUGACCAAUUGUACAUAAUAGUUUCCAAUUUUAAGUUCUUCAAAUUUAUCAAAAUUUUCGAUAACGAGUAGUAGGAAUAUAUCAGCAGAAAUCACAAAGACAUCGAUGGAAUCUUCAUUGUAUGUGACAUAAACAAAGAUGAGAUGGCAGAAUGUGAUUAGUAAAGAACACGGAAACUUUUAAAAAAAUAUAAUCGGGGAUCGCAAUCCAUUCGUAAAAGAAGAGAAUUCUUAUAAUUUCCAUUAUAAGAACGAAUGAUAUGAAGACGUGCAUGAUGUAUAAAAUGUAUAAUAUACUAAGUGUGAGAUAAAAUAAAUAUUAUAAGUAUAAGAAAUCACAUUAAUAACACAUAAAUAACAAAUUAACAGAAAAAAACGAAUUAUCAGAGACUCAUGUAUGUAUGUGUUUAAAGUGGUGAUGGCGAUAUUAGUUGUACAGAUUACAAAAUAUUUUGUUUAUGAGAAAAAUUCAGAGAAAAUCUCAUAAUUAUAAAUUAUAUUCCGUUAUCAUAUCCACGAUUAUUAGACAAGACGCCGAAAUUGGGAGUGAAAUAUCAUAAAUUUAAUUGCAAUUGCAACAAAGGACCGCAUUACGGACCUAUCAUCGCGUAUACAACGUAUAUGUACAUUACAUGUAAAUAAUUUGUCUUCGUCGGAUAGAUGGAAUUUUUUGUGGUAUCUUUUACGAUAAACGUGGAUUGAUAGAAGUCUAAAUAAGGAAAGUGUAGCUAAUAGAGAGACGGAAGAUUUUUUAAAGUCAAUUAAACCGAUAAGCCAUGUCGCAAUAUAAAUCAGCCACGCUGAGUCGAAUGAUUGACAUCCAUUUCAAGGAUUUGUCAUAUGAAGUCCAGAUCGGAUUCUGCGGACAGAAAAAACAGAUUUUAAAGGGCUUGAACGGAUUCUUCAAAGCCGGAGAAUUGACUGCCAUCAUGGGAACGUCCGGUGCCGGUAAGUCCACACUGCUCAACGUCCUGAAUGGAUUCCAGCAGGGACGAUUAACGGGAACGAUCGACUAUAUCGGCAACAAGGGUACACAAAAUUGGAACACAUACAAAAAGGACUCGUGCUACAUUCAGCAGACGGACUAUCUGUAUGAUCUGUUCACUGUCCAAGAGAGCAUGAUAAUAGCGACCUAUCUGAAAAUCGGUAAUGUGACGCAUAGGUUCAGGCAGACACUAACCGAAAAUAUCCUGGAGAGACUAAAUCUAACAAAAACAAAGAACACAAAGAUCAGCCGGCUUAGUGGAGGACAGAAGAAAAGACUUAGCAUUGCCCUAGAACUGAUUGAUAAUCCGCCAAUAAUGUUUCUGGACGAGCCGACUACCGGCCUGGAUUCGCUGGCGUCCUUUCAGUGCAUUUCUGCGAUGCAGACUCUAGCGAAGAAUGGCAGAACGAUCAUUUGCACCAUUCAUCAGCCCAGUGCAAUGAUUUAUGAAAUGUUUGAUCAUGUCUACCUGAUAGUCGAUGGUCAAUGUAUGUACGCCGGGACGCCCGCUAACACGGUAAACUAUUUCGCCCGGCAGGGCUUUCAGUGUCCUCAAUAUCACAAUCCUGCGGAUUAUAUGCUGGAGGUAGUCAACGGAGAUUACGGAAAUUAUGACAACCAGCUGAUUACGAUGGCCAAAUAUUAUUGCCAAAGAACUGUCACACCUUCAAAAAUGCGCAUCAAGGAACCGUCCAUCGACGAGCGGAACGUACAGUUGCUUUCAACGCUGAAACCUCCCUCUGAAAUUAUAAAAUUCAUGGUACUCGUAUGUCGUUCCAUAAUGUUAAUGUAUCGAGAUUGGACGACGCUUUACCUUAAAAUCAUCAUCCACGUCCUCGUGGCUAUUCUGUUAGGCUUACUAUUUCAACAUUCCGGCGACGACAGCAGCAAGACCUUUAGCAAUAUUGGUUUCCUGAUAAUAAGCGUUGUAUUUGUAGGGUACACCACUUUGAUACCGGCCGUAUUAAAGUUUCCUUCGGAAAUUAACAUUCUAAGGAAGGAGCGCUUCAACAAUUGGUACAAACUAAAGACUUACUAUAUAGCAACUCUAGUGAUCACUCUGCCGUUGCAGAUAUUAUUCAUCCUCAUUUACUCAAGUAUCUCUUAUGUAUUAAGCAGUCAACCUAUGGAAUGGCAUCGAUUCUUCAUGUUUCUGUUCAUCUUAAUCUUGACGAGUCUUGUCUCAGAGGGCAUAGGCUUGGGUCUGGGUGCAACUUUCAAUCCCAUUAAUGGCACGUUUUUCGGAGCUGUUUCCGUUUGUAUUAUGUUAUGUCUAUCGGGCUUUCUGAUUGCUUUCAAUCACAUGCCGGUGAUUCUUUACUAUGUCAGCUACAUUAACUACUUCAGAUUUUCUUUUGAGGGCUUAGUGCAAGCUAUUUACGGUUUUUAUCGAGAGAAGAUACAUUGUCCGAGUCAAGUAAAUUAUUGUCAUCUUCGGAUACCAUCAAUAAUACUAGAAGAAUUACAUAUGUCCAAGCCUAUGUUUUGGAUUGACGUUGUCAUACUAUUCAGUUGGUUCGUGGUCAUUCGGAUUAUAGUUUAUGUGUCGUUAAAAAAGAAAUUGUCGAAAUUAUGAUGAACAUUUGUUAUUAUUGUUAAAACAAAAAUUAGCAAUUGCUCAUGAAAGAGCGCGGCGAUUUUUUUCUAUAAGCAACGCUACGCUUCCGUACAGGAAUCAUCGAUAUGGAAUGUUAUGAAACAUGACAUCAUGCAAAAAUGUGCUCGCAGAAUAUGUUAAUUGUUAAAAAUAAUUUAUAGAAACAGAAAUUUCAAUAUGGCUGUGACAACAUAAUAUCUCUACUGUUUUUCGUAAUCAACUUUCCACUAAAGGUAUUGUAGAAGAUAGUGAUAGUUUUUAACAAAUAGAGAGAAUCGAGACGAUUGUAUAACGAAAGGAAUUCUUAUGCAACUUAUGUAAAACAAGAAGUAAAAGUAACGCUUAAACGCUACAAUUAAAUCGAUCUUUUUUUAACAUAAUCUAAUUAUUGUCGUAUCGGCAGGAUAAGAUAAAACAAGUAGUAAAAAUUAAACUAUAAGACGGUAACUAUAUGGACAAUAUCUUCACUAUCAUGCAAAUUUAAUAUGAAUGAAGAGUAAUAAUGGAUAUCGUAUUUCAUGUAGUUAUAAUUAUGAAGAAAAAUUUAAUUAUGUG